AUGUGGCGAACAUGGAAAUUUUGUGAUGGUCUGUUGGACCGAUGUUGUGAGGGCGGCAGCUUCACGUUCGCGGAGUUGUUUGCAGGCAUCGGUGGUUUCCGUAUUGGGUUGGAAAGCAUUGGUGGAUCUUGCGUGUUUGCUUGUGAAAUCGAGCCUUUCACCCGAAAACUGUACACGACGAAUUUUGGCAACCAGCCAGCUGUGGCUGGUGACAUUUGUGAAGUUCAUGCUUCUGACAUUCCUCCGCAUGAUAUCUUGGUUGCCGGUUUUCCGUGCCAACCUUUCUCGUCUCUGGGAACUCAGCCUGCAUUUGAUGACGAUCGUGGCUUGUUGUUUCGCGAAAUUGUACGUGUUUUGGAUGCAGCCAAACCAUGUUCCUUCCUAUUGGAGAACGUCCCGGGUUUGUUGCGUUGCGAUGAAGGGAAGGUGUUGCAAACAAUCAAAGAAGAGUUGUCCGAAGCCGGUUAUGACGUGUUGGUGGAGACCGUCAACGCGAAACAUUUCACAGCGCAGGCAAGAAAGCGCGUCUUCUUCAUUGGCUUUAGAAGGCCGUCGCAAUGUGCGGAGGCAUUUCAGAUUCCUGAGCUGCCCGACAUGUGCAUUCGAGCAGAGGACGUUCUCCAGUCCGAGGCCGAGGUAAGGAGCAGUGGAUUGUUGGAGGACUACACCCUGAGUGAUGAGCAGUUUCUUCGCCUGCAGGAUUCCUCUAAGUGGGCACGUCGUGGUGGCAUGACCAGCACGUUGGCAUGGGGCGACAAGGUAUGCGACACGUUGGUCGGGCACUAUGGCAAAACCAUUCGAAAGGGCAAUUCCCAGCUGGUACCUAGACCCGCACCUUUCAAGCCGCGUCGAUUCACGCCUAGGGAGUGUGCGCGUCUCAUGGGCUUCCCGAAUUCUUUCAAGCUGACAGAACGGAAUGGGGAAGAGCCCGGCAUGUGGUUCAGGGCAUUGUACAAGAUGUUCGGGAACAGCGUCAGCCCUCCUGUAGUGGCUGUCCUGGCUGGUGCCAUCUUGGAAAGCUCUCAGCAAUCGUCUGGGGAAGCAGGCCUGUGUGAUUAG